CAGAGCUGUCACUGCUGUCAGUGUCAUAUGAUUUGCAGGGGUGUGUGGUGUUUGAUUUGGUGAAAGAAAAAUGAUUUUCUACUUAACGUUGACGACUUUGUUAAUUUCCACAGCACUAGGUGCUGGGGAAUUUUCAGUGCUGCAUCAUGCUCCAAGUCUUACCUUUAGGGGCCAUGAUGCCCUUAAAGAAAGCACUUUAAAGGAUGUUUACGCUGCAGCCCUUGGUUUUUCCACUGAACACUUCUCAAACUGGAAGGGCAUGUUCCUGUCAGACCCAUUUGGAGUGGCCCAGGCUAUAGUAACUGUGUAUGUGGAUGGGGUAUCUGAUAUAGACCAACAAAAGGGCCACCACUUUCCUCUUAAGACUGACAUAGGCGAAUCUAAGGUCUACAGAAGUAUUGAAAGAAGAAUCGAAGAACAUUAUCCUAAUGAAGAUACUAAUUUAGUCAGGGUUCGUCUAGCUAAUGGAUUAGAAGAUAUCCACAAGUACAAAAUCUUUGAAGACAUCGCAUCUGGAGACUCAAAACAACUCAACCACAAAGCCUUGAAAUUAGAUGUUGAUGAAGACAGAAAAUUCAUCAAAGAAAUUACAAUUUUAAAUGAAAUUGCCCAAAGAAUCGAAGAAGGUGAAAUCAAGAGAGAUAACAUCCCUGAUCUAUACUGGUUCGAAGUUUCGUCUCUUCAUGCAGUUUCAGACUUGUAUGGAGAGAAUUCUACACAAGUCUUGGAAGCGAAACAACUUCUUAACGAAUGUAUUUUAAGACUUAACUCUGCUUUCAAUAAACUUUAUAAUGGAUAUGUCCUUGUCACUGUUGUAACGAGUGAUGCCAGCCACACUAGGAGAGGCAGAAGCAUUCUUGCUGCUGAUGAACCAACUGAUGAUAAAACCAAAUACAACUUGGCAAGUUACUACAGCAAGGACUACCCCGUCAUCUUUAAUCUCAUCUUGUGGUUUGGGGUAGUGAUGUUAUUUUCCCUCAUCGCUAUCUGCAUGGCUAUUGGUACUAUGGAUCCGGGCCGCGAUUCAAUCAUUUACCGUAUGACCAGCACCAGAAUGAAGAAAGACAAUUAAGUCCACUUUGUUUUUCAAUGUUCAGUUAGGAGCUAAAAUCCAAGUUUAGUACAGUCAUAUAUAUGAGUGUUUUCUUCUUGUCAUCAAUACAAAGCAGUUUUUAAAGGACAUGAUAAAUAGCUGAAUGUUGAAAAAUUUAUUUCUUAGAUGUGGAAAGUUUUUGAUGGUGUUAGUAGUAUAAUAUGUUCACGUCACAACAGUGUAUUUAAGAUCACUAGAAUAAAUUAAAAGCCUAUAAUUUUUCUUUUCCACAAAUUUUAUUACUUCGCAAAAAAGUAAAUAAAUGCUAAUGAGUAAAUUAUAUAAAAACGAUAUUUUUCAACAUAUUUGUUGCAAGGCUAGUCUAUAACCUUAAAAUGUAAAGUCACAGGAAUGAGUGUUUGCUCAUCAAAGUGUCGGAAUGAAAGUCAUAAGUUACAGAACCAUUGGAUGUACCAUUUUUACCUUUACAGAAAAAGGGGUUCAUGGGUUUUCUUACAAAAGCAGUUUUUAAAGCGUGACCAGUACUGUUUGACCCUGGGACCUCUUACUACCUUAUACAUAUUUAGUAUCAUUCAUUAUCAUAAUAUAACCUAUAUAGAGACUAAUGACGCCAAAAAUAACUUACACUUUCAAAUUUACAAGUAUAUAAGAACCUGAAGUGAUAUGUGCUUAUUAAAUAUUUAAGUAUCAUUUUGUGCAUUUUACUCAUUAUAUAUUACACUUUAUUAUGAAUCAUUACUUAAUUAAAUCAUACGGUUACCACAGAAUGAUUAGGUUUUUACAAUGCUUUUGAAAAGCUGCACUGUUCUGUCAAUUGUGUGAUAGAAAGCUUUAAGUAUCACUCACUUUGUGUCUGUGAAUAUUGUUUUAAAUAAUGCAUUACUUUUUUGUUAUGUAAAUAUGAAUUAAAAUAAUUUAAAAGUAUUAUUAUAUUGUAUAUUUUCAGUUCAUACAUUUGAAGGUUGUUUUUCGAGUAGACACAUUCCCUUGUAAAUAAAAAUAUUAAACAGUACAA